AUCCGCCGCACGUCCUGCCGUAGCAGAAUCCUCCAAAUUAUUAUGCAUGAGGAUAAUCGUCAAAAACAGACCUAAGGAUUCGACCACGAACACUGCCGGCAAUGGAGUCCGACGACGAAAUAGAAAAGCUUAAAUCAGAUAUGGAAUCGAUGAAGGAGAAGUUCGGAAAAUUGCUUCUCGGCGAGGACAUGUCCGGAGGGGGAAAAGGUGUUUCAUCAGCUCUCGCUUUGUCAAACGCUAUCACAAAUUUAGCAGCAUCUGCAUUCGGAGAAAUGAAGAAAUUAGAGCCGAUGCAUCCAGAGAAACGAUCGCGGUGGAGGAAAGAGAUCGACUGGCUCUUAUCAGUCACAGAUCACAUCGUCGAAUUCGUUCCUUCCAAGCAAAAAGCCAAGGACGGGAGCGCCAUGGAGAUUAUGGUAACAAGGCAGAGGAACGAUCUCCGGAUGAACGUCCCGGCGCUGCGCAAGCUCGACGGAAUGCUUCUAGAUUGUUUGGACAACUUCAAAGACCAAAACGAGUUCUACUACGCAUCAAAGACCGACGAUGAUUCGAAAGAGAAAAGGAAAGACGACAAAUGGUGGCUUCCUAUUCCUAAGGUUCCUCCGAACGGUUUGUCCGAAUCCACGAGGAAAUGGCUGCAGUAUCAGAAGGAUUCAGUGAACCAAGUGCUGAAAGCCGCAAUGGCGAUAAACGCUCAGGUUCUAGCAGAAAUGGAGAUUCCAGAAAACUACAUCGACGCACUGCCAAAGAACGGAAGAGCGAGUCUUGGAGACGGGAUAUACAAAAGCAUCACCGAAGAUUUCUUCGAUCCCGACUGUCUGCUUUCGUCGCAAGACUUGUCAUCCGAGCACAAGAUACUCGACUUCAAGAACAAGAUCGAGGCAUCGAUCGUAAUAUGGAGAAGGAAGAUGAAUGCUAAAGACAGCAAGUCCUCGUGGGGCUCCGGCGUGAGCGCAGAAAAGCGGGAGGUGUUGGAAGAUCGAGCCGAGACUAUAUUGCUAAUUCUCAAGCAUCGGUUCCCCGGGAUUCCUCAGUCGGAUCUCGAUAUCUGCAAGAUCCAAUACAACAGAGAUGUAGGGCAUGCAGUUCUCGAAAGCUAUUCGAGAGUUAUAGAAAGCCUAGCGUUCAACGUCUUGUCGAGAAUAGACGACGUCAUACAAGCCGACUGUAAUGCUAGAGAAUCGGUCUCGGACCAAAGAAAAAACACCCCGAAAGAAGGCUCCGUAGCUAAGAUCGUACUGCAGAGGCUAUCGCACACUAAAGACGACGAAAGCAUGAACUCUGCGACGACUCCUAGCUCAAAGACACUGCUAGAUUUCAUGGGAUGGAAUAUAGAUCAGUCGGAAACAGAAGCGAAUAAAGAUGUACAACAAGACGAGCCCGAAGUGAAGCAACUUAGCAAAUCACCGAACAUCAACCCGAACAGAAAAGUAUCAUACAUCGAGAGGCUAGAGAAUCUCGGCGGCUUAAAGAGCCCUAGAGCGCGCCACUAAUCGACUUACGCAGCCUAGACAAAAUUGUCGACUAAUACAAGGGAGACAAACUAACAAGACUCGCGAACUAAAGAUAUAAAGCUAAUGCAUCGAUGUGUAUAUAAAAUGGUCGAGUCGUAGAGGCCUAUCUAUUCAUCGCUAUGUAACUCAUUCAUCUGUACAUAGGAAGA